UUCCACAUCAAAUGUCAACAACAAUGGAUGCCUCCAUCAGUCGACAGCCGAAGGCUAUAAUUAUACUCAGUGGUAAAAGAAAAUCGGGGAAAGAUUUCAUUAGCCAUUUAUUACUUCAAAGACUAGGAAGCAACAAAUGUGGAGUUCUUCAUUUAUCAGGACCACUUAAAAAACAGUAUGCCAAGGAACACAACCUUGACUAUGAAAAGCUGCUUGACGCAUCAGAUUAUAAGGAGCAAUACAGGCUGGAUAUGAUACAAUGGGGAGAAGAGAGAAGAAACAAAGAUCCUGGAUUUUUUUGUCGGUUAGCAACAGAUGAUAAAGGUUCUGAAAAAGAUAUAUGGAUAAUCAGUGACGCUAGAAGAAAAUCUGACAUUUGUUACUUUAAGGAUCACUUUAGUAAAGCUACAAUCACAGUAAGGGUGCAGUCUGAUCUAGCUGUAAGAAAUAACCGAGGAUUUGUUUUUACAGAAGGUAUUGAUGAUGCAGAGUCUGAAUGUGGAUUGGAUACAGGCAUAGACUGGGAUAUUAUUAUAAAAAACAAUGACAGUCAACAAGAACUUGAGCAAGGGUUGAAUACACUUUUAAGUCUGAUCCCCUUAUAGUUAUAGGUUGUUCUUUUUUUUUAAAUUACUCAGAAUUUAUCAGUCACACCAAUUAUUGCAAUUGUAUAGCUUCAGGUUUUCUAAAGUACACUCGUUUUUCCAGUUCAAGGGCAUUGAUCUGCUGAAAAAAUUGAUUGGUAUCUGAUGCCCACCAAAAAUUUGAAAGCUUAUUGUCUAUCAAUUUUCUUGACUUUUUUCCUGCGCAUUUUCAAAGAGAUGAUUUUUAAUAGAAAAUGUAUUUUUUGCCAUUAAUAAUUUUUUGCAUUAAUUAGUAAAUAAUUACUUUCCAAUAUAUUUUUGUCACACAUUUCUCUAUAACAUAGGCCACACCUCUCCCAUAUCACUGCUGAACUGUGAAUGUAGGGCCUUAGUGACCUUACAGAUAUAAUUGUGUUGCGGCUAGGUCUCAGAUCUUGCAACGCCAAUAUUUAAAUAUAAAAUUUUAACAUGGCUAAUUUAAGUUCAAUUAGUUGUUUAGAUUAAAUAAUAGGAGUCAGCGAGGGACUGCGUGGCCUAGCGGUAGAGAGCUAGACUGCUUACCCAAGAGUCUCGAGUUCAAAUCCAGGUUCAAUUCAGUAGAGCGUCCCUGAGUCUACCCAGAUCUGAUUGGUAUUUCGCUGACCACUUUAUCCCACAUAUACAGAGGUCUUUGAAGCAGAUCAUCUCUACUUCAUCUGUCCCAAUUUUAGCCACACUUCUAGUCAUCAAUCGUCUCCCUCACUCCCCCCGAAAAAAUUCUACCC